AUGUCUCUGCCAGAAGCUUACCAACAUGAGAUUCAAGCUCUCAAUCGGCAGGUUCUGCAGACCUGUCCGUCCGAUAUCCUCCAGUUCUGCGCCGACUUCUUCAACGCGCGACUAGCAUCCGAACGAGCGGCGAGCCUCUCCAUCUUCCGCGACCGAGGUACCCCCUCGCCACGAUUCUCCCCCUCGCCCACUAGCCACUUUGCCAUGAUGUCUAGUCAAUUCUCGAGCCCAUUUGGGGCAAAUAGCAACCCUUUUGGCGGGAGCACCUCGCCCAUGGCCUCCAGUGUGAUGCACAGCGUCGUGGAGGAGGAAGAAAACGACAAUGACAACGAUCACUUGGCCCCCGGUGGCCCCUUAUUCUCAGGAGCCUUUGGCGGCGACGCAUCUACCGAGGCUCCACCCACCAUGAGAGCCCCCCCUAGCAAUGACAGCUAUCCGGCACAGUACAACUUUGGACGUCGGACGUCCGUUUCAGCAGAGUCUCUGAAGCCGAGCGCUGACAGCUAUGACAACUGGACCCCUCCCUUUACCGAAAAGACGCCCGAGCAGAUUGAGCGGCUCAAGCAUGCCAUUGAGGGAAAUUUCCUCUUCAACCACUUGGACGAUGAGCAGAGCGCACAAAUUCUGGGCGCCCUCGUCGAGAAGCCGAUUCCUGCCAGGGGCAUCAAGGUCAUUAGCCAAGGAGACGCUGGCGACUACUUCUACGUGGUUGAGCGAGGCUCGUUCGACGUCUAUGUCAACCCUUGUGGCUUCAUCGAGCCUGGACCGGACGGACUGGGCAGCAAGGUUGGCAACAUUCAGGCUGGCGGCUCCUUUGGUGAGCUCGCUCUCAUGUACAAUGCGCCCCGUGCGGCAACCAUCAUCUCUGCCGAAGGAAGCUGCACACUGUGGGCCUUGGACCGAGUGACAUUCCGUCGCAUCCUGAUGGAGUCGACGUUUGCCCGGCGGCGCAUGUACGAGAGCUUCUUGGAGGAAGUGCCCAUUCUCUCUUCGCUCACCCCCUACGAACGAUCCAAGAUUGCCGAUGCCCUCGAGACACAGAAGUUCGCGCCCGGCGACACCAUCAUCCACGAGGGCGAUCCUGGCCACUCCUUCUACCUUCUCGAGAGUGGCGAGGCAGCUGCCUACAAGGGAGAUGAAAAGGUGCUGUCCUACAACAAGGGUGACUUCUUUGGCGAACUGGCACUGCUCAAUGAUGCUCCGCGAGCCGCUAGUGUCGUGGCUAUUACGGACGUCAAGGUGGCUACGCUGGGCAAGAACGCAUUCCAACGACUCCUCGGCCCCGUCGAAGGUCUCCUGCGGAGGACAAGAUACCAAGGAGUCAAGACGGGUGUCGAGGAGAUGGACCCCCUGCAGCAGGAGUAA